GAGCGGCAGUAGCGCUGGGACGAUAAUGUUGUUAUUAUUGCAGCAGCAGCAAACUAGUGAAAAUGCGGCUUCACAAAGUUUAUCAUCGAUUCUCCUCCCACUCCCUUCCCACUCCCCUCUCUCUUCUUCACCAUCAUCAUCUCCCCAAGCCUCUCUCCUCCUCCUCCCGUUCUCCUCUCCCCAAAGCCGUCCCAUUACCCUUUAGAUUUCCGGCCCUGCAUUCACCAACUUCCAGUUCCGGGACCUGUUAUAAUACCUCCUCCCAUCUCAAACCCAUCCCCAUGCCCUCCUCCAGAAUCCACAAUCUUGUACCCGUAAACGCCGUCGCUGUGGAGGACGGUGCUGCUUCCAACGCAUCCGAUCCUCCUCAUCAACCCACUCAUUCUGCGUCACCUGAAAACCAAGAUUUGGGCGCCAAUGGAUAUCAAUUUCCUCCCCCAGAAAUUAGAGAUAUAGUGGAUGCUCCCCCUCUUCCUGCACUCUCGUUCUCUCCGCAGAGGGAUAAAAUACUUUUCCUCAGGCGGAGAUCUUUACCUCCUUUGGCAGAAUUAGCCAGGCCAGAGGAGAAGCUCGCUGGUGUUCGCAUUGAUGGAAAAUGUAAUUCCCGAAGCCGUAUGUCAUUUUACACGGGUAUAGGGAUCCACUUGCUAAAUGCUGAUGGUACCUUAGGUCCAGAGAAGGAGAUCACCGGCCUCCCACACGGUGCUAAAAUCAAUUUUGUUACUUGGUCAAAGGACGGUCGGCAUUUAUCCUUCAGUGUUCGAGCUGAUGAGGAUGAUGACAGUGGCAGUAAGCUCAAAGUCUGGGUUGCUGAUGUGGAGACUGGGAAAGCUAGACUAUUGUUCCACUCGCCGGAUGUAUAUGUUAAUGCAGUUUUUGAUAACUUUGUCUGGGUGAAUAACUCAACUCUAUUGGUUUGUACAAUCCCUUUAUCUCGUGGGGAGCCACCAAAGAAGCGCUUUGUUCCCUCUGGUCCUAAGAUUCAGUCUAAUGAGCAAAAAAAUGUUAUUCAAACGAGAACCUUCCAAGAUCUGCUCAAAGACGAAUAUGAUGAAGAUUUAUUUGAGUACUAUGCUACUACACAACUUGUUGUGGCCUCUCUGGAUGGGUCAGUGGAGCCAAUUGGACCACCGGCCAUAUAUACUUCAAUGGAACCAUCUCCAGAUGAGCAAUAUAUUUUGAGUACUUCAAUUCAUAGGCCAUUUUCUUUUAUUGUACCCUGUGGAAGAUUUCCCAAAAAGGUCCAGGUGUGGACAGCUAAUGGGAAAUUUGUUAGAGAACUUUGUGAUUUGCCCUUGGCUGAAGACAUUCCUAUUACUUUCAAUAGUGUGCGGAAAGGGAUGCGAUCAAUUAAUUGGAGAGCUGACAAACCUUCCACCCUCUACUGGGUUGAGACGCAAGAUGGUGGUGAUGCCAAAGUUGAAGUGUCUCCGCGUGACAUUAUCUAUACACAACCUGCUGUGCCACUUGAAAAUGAACAGCCAAUUAUAUUACACAAACUUGAUCUUCGCUAUGGAGGGAUUUCUUGGUGCGAUGAUUCGCUUGCUUUGGUGUACGAGUCCUGGUACAAAACACGGAAGAUAAGAACCUGGGUUAUUUCUCCUGGGUCCAGGGAGGACAUAAGUCCACGCAUACUAUUUGAUAGGUCAUCAGAAGACGUCUACUCUGAUCCUGGCUCUCCCAUGUUGCGGAGAACUUCUGCUGGAACUUAUGUGAUUGCAAAGGUGAAAAAUUCUGACGAUGAAGGCAUUUAUGUUCUGUUGAGUGGAAUCGGUGCUACUCCAGAAGGGAACAUCCCAUUUUUGGAUUUGUUUGACAUAAAUACAGGGAACAAGGAACGAAUAUGGCAAAGUGAUAAGGAUAAAUACUACGAAACUAUUGUUGCUUUAAUGUCCGAUCAGAAUGAAGGGGAGUUGUAUCUUAAUCAAUUGAAAAUACUUACUUCUAAAGAAUCUAAAACUGAAAAUACCCAAUAUUUCAUACUAAGUUGGCCAGAAAAGAAACCCUGCCAGAUUACAAAUUUCCCCCAUCCAUACCCUCAGCUGGCAUCAUUACAGAAGGAGAUGAUCAGAUAUCAAAGGAAGGACGGAGUUCAACUUACUGCAACCCUGUACCUUCCACCAGGUUAUGAUCCCUCAAAAGAUGGACCCCUUCCAUGUCUGGUUUGGUCAUAUCCAGGUGAGUUUAAAAGUAAAGAUGCAGCUGGACAAGUCCGUGGUUCUCCUAAUGAGUUUGCUGGAAUUGGACCAACGUCCCCUCUACUUUGGUUGGCAAGGAGGUUCGCUGUUUUGUCUGGACCGACAAUUCCCAUCAUUGGUGAGGGAGAUGAAGAGGCAAAUGAUAGGUAUGUGGAGCAACUUGUUGCAAGUGCGGAGGCUGCUGUUGAGGAAGUUAUAUGUAGGGGUGUGGCACGUGCAGAAAAAAUUGCCAUUGGCGGUCAUUCCUACGGGGCAUUCAUGGCUGCUAACCUCCUGGCACAAGCUCCGCAUCUUUUCUGUUGUGGGAUUGCUCGAUCUGGAGCCUAUAACCGAACUCUUACACCUUUUGGGUUUCAGAAUGAGGAUCGAACUCUUUGGGAGGCCACAACUACCUACGUUGAGAUGAGCCCAUUCAUGUCAGCCCAUAAAAUUAAGAAGCCCAUCUUGCUUAUUCAUGGCGAAGAGGACAACAAUCCUGGAACCUUAACAAUGCAGUCCGAUCGAUUUUUCAAUGCUUUGAAAGGACAUGGUGCACUUUCUCGUCUGGUUAUUCUUCCCUUUGAGAGUCAUGGCUAUGCUGCACGUGAAAGCAUAAUGCAUGUUCUCUGGGAGACUGACAGGUGGCUGCAAACAUAUUGUGUAUUGAAUAGUAGUGUUGAUUCUAAUACUUGUACAGACAACAUUAAAGGUACAGAGGGUUCAGAAAGCAAAGUCGUCGAUGCAGCUGAAGGAGUCAGAGAGCUAGAAGAUCAACAAAAGAUUACACUUUAUUACUCCCAAAGAUCAUCCUUGUGAACCCAUUAAAGCCUGUUAUUAAUGGAGUUCCGAGGUUGGAUGUCAAUCGGCAGGAAUAAAAGCAGCAACCUUGAUUUCAGAUUGUGGUUCGGGUCCCUGCCCUAAGAUCUGUACUCCAAGGUCAAUUUAUUUAAUAUCGCUGGGCAUGAUUCUACCCCUACGGUAAUACUUUUAGUUGUGAAUCGUGUUCGGAGAGCGUACAAGCUCUUCAUUUUUCUGUAUUUGGUUUUGCCCUGCUGGGGCUUGGAGCUGGAGCUGGGGAGCAUUCAAGGUAUUCGUGUUGCGCAAUAGCAGCAAUUUAUUCAACACCCAAACAUCAGGAGGCCGCUCUUGUAAAUUGACAUUUCAUUCUGAGGCAAUCCACAGGAUUGGUGGUGUAAAAUGAAUAAGUGUAACUAACUGCCAUUCAUUUCUGACAACCAUUAUCAGAAAGUUUAUGCAUUUAAACCAUCCAUCGGUUAAUUA